AUGGCUAGGGCUCGCGAGAACUGGGAGAAGCUGGUUCGAGCCACGCUGACGAGGGAGCAGCACAGAAAUGCAGGACAAGGCCACGCCAGAGUCCCCAGCGGAAUCGCCGGUGCGGUUCCACCGUCCCUCGCUCAAACCACCAACAUUGAUUUGAUCUUGCAAGCCGCGGAUGAGAUUCAAUCGGAGGAUCCUAACGUCGCUAGGAUCUAUGAAGACCUUGAGUUUAUGGGUUUUGAAAUCAGGGAGUAUGUGGAAUUGUGUUUGUGCGAGCAGGCAUAUAGUAUGGCUCAAAAUCUGGAUCCCAACAGUGAUGGUAGAGGCGUUCUACAGUUCAAGACUGGUUUAAUGUCUAUAAUCAAGCAAAAACUUGCUAAGAAGGAUGGGGUUCAAAUUGAUCGCAAUCGAGACAUGGAAAACCUUUGGAAGUUUUAUCUACACUACAAGCAACGUCACAGAGUGGAUGAUAUCCAACGAGAAGAACAGAGAUUGCAAGAAUCUGGAACUUUUAGCUCCUCACUGGGAGAGUUGAAGCUUAGAUCAUCAGAAAUGAGAAAGAUAAUUGCUACACUACGGGCUUUAGUGGAGGUCCUGGAGGCACUUAGCAAGGAUGCUGAUUCCAGUGAAGUUGGAGGGCUCAUAAUGGAGGAGUUGAGGAAAUUAAAGAAGUCAAGUGUGACAUUAUCUGGAGAGCUGACCCCAUACAAUAUUAUUCCUCUGGAAGCACCAUCAUUAACAAAUCCUAUCAGAAUUUUCCCUGAAGUUAAAGCAGCAAUAUCUGCAAUUAGAUAUACUGAUCAGUUUCCUAGACUUCCUGCCGGAUUUAAAGUAUCUGGACAAAGGGAUGCAGACAUGUUUGAUCUUCUAGAAAUUGUGUUCGGUUUCCAGAAAGAUAAUGUGAGGAACCAGCGUGAAAAUGUUGUUUUGAUGAUAGCAAAUAAGCAGUCUCAACUUGGAAUACCUGCUGAAACUGAUCCAAAAAUAGAUGAGAAAACAAUCAAUGAAGUGUUCUUGAAGGUGCUAGAUAACUAUGUCAAGUGGUGCAGAUACUUGCGAAUCCGUCUUGCAUGGAAUAGUUUAGAGGCAAUUGACCGGGAUAGGAAGCUUUUUUUGGUUUCCUUGUAUUUUCUUAUUUGGGGUGAAGCUGCAAAUGUUCGUUUUCUUCCUGAGUGUAUUUGCUAUAUAUUCCACCAUAUGGCUAAAGAGUUGGAUGCUAUUUUGGAUCAUGGAGAAGCUAGACCUGCACUCAGCUGCGUAACUGAUGAUGGUUCUUCAAAAUUCCUUGAGAAAAUAAUUUGUCCUAUCUAUGAGACGCUAGCUAAAGAAGCUAGUAGAAACAACAAUGGGAAAGCUGCACAUUCAGCAUGGAGGAAUUAUGAUGACUUCAAUGAAUACUUUUGGUCGCCUGCUUGUUUUGAGUUAAAUUGGCCAAUGAGACCGGAAUCACCAUUCUUGCGAAAACCUACACCUUCAAAACGGUCAAAAAGGUUUCCAUCGUCUUUGGAUCUUCUUGGCAUUAAUGUUUCAGGUUGCUUAGAUGUGUUACUUACAUUUGGGGCAUACACGACUGCACGGGGCAUGGCUGUUUCAAGACUAGUUAUAAGGUUUUUCUGGGGCGGCUUGACUUCUGCUUUUGUAACAUAUCUUUACCUGUCUGAAUUACGGAUAUAUAGAGGCAGAAACAGAAGUGACUUGGCAGCGUUGAGUCGUGCUCCUCAAGGCGGACCAAAUCCUGACUUUGCCGGUCAAAAUUGUGUUGAUGCAUUGGUUGUGGCUGCAAGAGGUCCAUUUCGCAAUAGUGCAAACCUUGGUCAGGACAAUGUCUAUGGUCGCUGUGGAGUGGGAGAUAGGAAGAGGGAGAAUAGAGAAGGGAAGGUUUUGCAGGAGAGAAAUAGUCGUAACUCUGAUAAUUCAUUCUAUUUCCGGAUAUACCUUCUUGUCCUUGGUGUUUAUGCUGCUCUACGUCUAUUCCUUGCACUGUUGCUCAAAUUUCCAGCCUGUCAUGCACUUUCGGAAAUGUCUGAUCAGUCAUUCUUUCAGUUUUUUAAGUGGAUUUAUCAAGAACGGUACUAUGUUGGGCGUGGUCUCUAUGAGAGGAUGAGUGAUUACUGCAGAAAACCUAGAAACAAAUGUUCAACAACGGGAUCCGAUGAGAAGAGAGCAGCACGUGGACCCCACGUGCGGGAUGAACCCCACGUGCGGGAUGAACCCGCGGAAAGGAUGAUUCUGCAGGUCAUGUUUCUUGACAAUAACAAUGCUUUGACUGUUGUUAGCUUGUGGGCUCCUGUUGUGGCGCUGUCCAAUUCGAUCCAGUUGAGAAUUAUUUACCUCAUGGAUAUUCUCAUUUUUUACACUGUCAUGUCAGCAAUUGUUGGUGGUGUGAUUGGUGCACGGGCUCGGCUGGGCGAGAUUCGUUCAAUUGAAAUGGUGCAUAAACGUUUCGAAAGUUUCCCAGGGGCAUUUGUAAAAAACAUGGUAUCUCCACAAAUAAAAAGGAUUCCCUUGAGCGGACAAUCAACCCAGGAUUCUCAAGAUAUGAACAAAGCAUAUGCUGCCAUGUUUGCUCCAUUUUGGAAUGAGAUAAUUAAAAGUCUGCGCGAGGAAGAUUUUAUUAGUAGUAGUUUCAUUGUAUGUGGCAAAACUUAUGCAGAGAAAGUGGGGGAUAUUGAAUUCUCCUCUAAUUGUGUUAUGAGCAAAUCAAAUGUAAAGGAAAAGUGGGAAAUGGACCUGCUUUCAAUUCCUAGUAAUGCAGGAAGUCUGAGAUUAGUUCAAUGGCCUUUGUUUCUUCUUAGCAGUAAGAUCUUGUUAGCGAUUGACUUGGCUUUGGACUGCAAAGAUACUCAGGCAGAUCUGUGGAACAGGAUAUCUAAGGAUGAAUAUAUGGCCUAUGCAGUUAAAGAAUGUUAUUACAGUGUUGAAAAAAUAUUGUAUUCAUUAGUUGACAAUGACAACGAAGCAAGACAUUGGGUGGACAGAAUUUUUCGUGAGAUCAAUAACAGUAUUGUUGAGGGUUCACUUGUUAUAACCUUGUCUCUAAAGAAGCUUCCGGUUGUUUUAUCAAGACUUACGGCAUUGACUGGACUCCUGAUUCGAAAUGAUCCUGAGCUUGCUAAAGGGGCUGCAAAAGCUGUACAUGACCUGUAUGAAGUUGUAACUCAUGAACUGGUAUCUUCUGAUUUAAGGGAGAAUCUUGAUACAUGGAACCUUUUAGCCAGAGCUAGGGACGAGGGGCGACUAUUUUCUAGGAUAGUAUGGCCUAAUGAUCCUGAAAUUAAAGAGCUUGUGAAGCGGUUGCAUCUUCUUCUUACUGUAAAGGAUUCUGCUGCUAAUGUUCCCAAAAAUCUUGAAGCCAGGAGAAGAUUAGAGUUUUUCACAAAUUCAUUAUUUAUGGACAUGCCUUCAGCAAAGCCUGUUAGUGAAAUGUUGCCAUUCAGUGUUUUCACUCCAUACUAUAGUGAAACUGUGCUUUAUAGUACUUCCGAAUUGCAAAAAGAGAACGAAGAUGGAAUAUCUACUCUUUUCUAUCUUCAAAAAAUAUUUCCAGAUGAAUGGGAAAACUUUCUUGAGAGAAUUGGUCGAGAAGCAUCUACUGGGGAUGCAGAACUUCAAGAAAGUUCUAGCGACGCAUUGGAACUUCGUUUUUGGGCUUCUUAUCGAGGGCAGACUCUUGCUAGGACAGUGCGUGGUAUGAUGUACUAUAGGAGGGCUUUAAUGUUGCAGAGUUUUCUGGAGAGCAGAUCACUAGGAGUGGACAAUUAUUCUCAAAACAACUUUAUUACAAGCCAAGAUUUCGAAUUAUCUCGCGAAUCACGGGCACAGGCUGAUUUGAAGUUUACUUAUGUUGUAUCGUGCCAAAUUUAUGGUCAACAAAAGCAGCGGAAGGCAGCAGAGGCUGCAGAUAUUGCUUUAUUGUUACAGAGGAAUGAGGCACUCCGAGUUGCUUUCAUUCAUGCUGAUGAAAGUACAGCUGAUGCUAACAGUUCAAAAGUGUUCUAUUCAAAGCUUGUCAAAGCCGAUAUAAAUGGAAAAGAUCAGGAAAUAUAUUCUAUUAAACUUCCAGGAGAUCCAAAGCUUGGAGAAGGAAAGCCUGAAAACCAAAACCAUGCCAUAAUUUUCACUCGAGGUGAAGCUGUUCAAACUAUUGACAUGAAUCAGGACAAUUAUCUUGAGGAAGCUAUGAAAAUGAGGAACCUUCUGGAGGAGUUCCAUGCAAAUCAUGGCCUUCGCCCUCCAAGCAUUCUUGGAAUGCCAAAUGGGACAUGCGCUGCUGCUAAGCCGGCUUCCAGCAAUGUGCUGCUGAAUAACUUUGGUUGCCGGGCUGAAUCUGGUUUUAACCAGUUGGAUCAAAUCUUAGGCCGAUGUGAUGACAUCGUCACCGAUCCAAUUUAUGAUUUGAUUAGCAUGCCUGGUUUCUUGUUCAAGUGGCCGGGUUGA